CAGAGGCAAUGACCAAGCCUGAGGAAACGGCAACGACGCCAUGGCAAGCGAGGACAUCAGUGAUGACCACCACCCUGGGAUCCUUGGCCGAGUUCUGCCCAGACUCUGGCAAUAUCGAAGUCUACUUGGAAAGGUUCGACCUGUAUGCAGCCGCCAAUGGAAUAGACGCAAGUAAGAAGUUGCAAGUCUUCUUAACAAUCCUGGGUGAAAAGGCUUACGUGACUCUGCGUAGCCUGCUGCUGCCGAAGAAACCAACGGAAGUCAAGUACGAAGAAGCUACAGAAGCUCUCCGAAAGCACUAUGCUCCAAAACGGUCAGUGGUUACCGAACGGUAUCACUUUUACCAGCGAAAGCAAGAGCCGGAUGAAAGCCUAAAACAGUUCAUCGUUGAGCUGAAAAGACUGGCUGCAAUGUGCUCGUUUGGAAGCUUUUUGGAAGAAGCACUCCGGGAUCGACUGAUUGCUGGACUCAGGACGGAUUCGAUUCGAUGCCGUCUUCUUGCCCUGUCAGACGACGAAGUCACCUGGGAGCGAGUAUGCAAAAUUGCCACCGCCUUGGAAACGGCCCAGAAAGACACCCGAGAAAUGCUACCGGAGGGGUCAACCGCCAGUCCUGCGGACGUUUACUGGCAUCGGGAGCCCACCACGCAAGGCAGGCGACACGCGACGAAGACCGCUAGCAACGAGCAGCGUGCCCCCCAAAAUGGUCCAAGGAAGCAACGUGGGAAAGGCAUUGUUCGCGCCUGUUAUAGAUGCGGCGGACUGCACGCGCCAGUGAGUUGUCCUUUUCUCAAAAGUACCUGCUUCAAAUGCUCGAAGCCAGGGCAUGUAGCAAAAAUGUGCAAAACAAAGGUCGUGCACAAAGUUGAGGAGACCUUGCUGUCAACAGACUUGCUUACUGUUAGUACGACUAACCAAGUUCAUAGCUCUCCGCCUAUUGUGCUUAAAGUAAAAGUAAACGGCAAGGAGAUUCCGAUGGAACUAGACACGGGAGCAGCUGUGACCAUAAUGUCUGAAAGAGACUUUGAUGAAAAUUUUCCAAACUAUCCAUGUUCCAAAGACGACGUGCGUCUAGGAGUGUAUAAUGGCACUGCACUCAAAGUGAAAGGCGUAGCAAACGUCAAUGUAUCUUAUCAGAACCGAAGCUACAAUCUGCCUCUGAUAAUUGCAAAGCAAGAAAAUGAAGCCCGCAUGCCGACGCUUUUAGGUCGCGAUUGGAUGACUACACUAAAAGUUGACUUGCAAAACGCUGUUCAGCAGUUGCAACGUGACGUGGAUAACGUACAGGAGGGCAGGCAGAUGGUAGCAGCGGAAGCUGAAAAGAAGUUGAAACAGUUGUACGGUGAUGUGUUUGAGCCAGGCUAUGGUUCUAUCAAAGGAUUCACUGGUAGUAUACGGAUGAAAACCGAUGUGCAUCCAACUUUUUGUAAGGCGAGACCAGUACCAUAUGCUUUGCGCGAACAAGUGGAGAGUGAAUUGCGUGACCUUGAGAAAGCUGGUGUGGUGUACAGAGUCAGGCACAGUGAUUGGGCUACACCGCUAGUUAUCGUGCCAAAGAAAACAGGAAAAGAAAUUAGGAUAUGUGGGGAUUACAGAGUCACGGUCAAUCGGGAUAUUGAACUUGACCACUAUCCACUGCCUCUGCCAGAGGACAUAUUCGCGUCACUGGUUGGAGGGACCGUGUUCACCUUACCGGGUUUGUCGAAGGCUUACCUACAGCUUGAGCUGGAUGAGCAGGCACAGCAACUGCUCACGGUGAAUACGCACAUGGGACUUUUCAGGUUCCGGCGAUUGCCGUACGGAGUGGCAAGCGCACCCGCAAUGUUUCAAGCCGUGAUGGACCAGGUUUUACAAAACAUACCGGGAACAGCCUGUUACCUGGACGAUGUGUUAAUAGCAGGGCAAGUUCUAGAGUAG